UUUCUCCUCUUAGACCAAUUGUGUGGUCUCGCUCGUUUCUAAUCGUGAGAACUUUGAAGCUUGAGGCGUAUACAAUGGGGAGGAUAAUGGAAUGGGCAGCAAGAUCUGAUCACUUGGGAGGAAUCCCAAGGAAAGCUGUGAUAACAGCCGUUGGUGCCUUUGCGAGAGCAGUAGCGAAUCUUUGCAACAAAACCACAGUUCACAAUGCAGAUACUCUUUUGACUCUUGUCCGUUCACGACCACCCGGUGUCCCUCUCAUCACUGUUAGUAAUCACAUGUCCACUUUAGAUGAUCCAGUAAUGUGGGGAGGGUUCAAGGGUCUUCUUCUUUCUUUGGAUCCAGAGCUGGCUCGAUGGGUUCUUGCUGCUGAGGACAUAUGUUUCAAGAACCCUGUCUUCUCCUACAUCUUCCGCACUGGUUGUAAGCCUUUCACUUUCAGUUUUGAUGUGAGAACGUUGUGA